AUGGCGCCUCGGGCCGGCGACAAGAAGGAUGCACCAAAUCUAAGCAAGCUGAUUGCCGACGCAGAGACGCAGUAUGAAGUGGGCAAUCUAGACGAGGCCAUUGCCCUUGCGUCAAAAGCGCUGGAUCUGACGGGAGAGGGCGGUGAUUUCGAACUCAAAGCCUUGAACUUGCUGGGAGUCUUGCAUGUCGAGGAUGGCGAGGUCGAAGAGGCGCGGGACUACUUCCUGCGAGCGAUAAAGCUGGACGAGGAGGGCACCCUGGAUGAGAAGAUUGGCGGCGGACCUGAAAAGUUUUUGUUUCUGGCUCAGCUGAGCGAGGAGGGCGGCCAGGACAGUGUUCAGUGGUUUGAGAAGGGUGCUUCUGCGCUGCGAAAACAGAUUCAGACUUUGAACGACGUCGCCAACAAAACACUGGAGCAGCAGGCUGCUCUUGAGGAGAUGCAGAGCAAACUUGGCGGCGUCUUGUGUGCUGUUGCCGAGGUGUACAUGACGGAUCUGUCGUGGGAGACGGACGCUGAGCAGCGAUGCGAGGCUCUCAUCACCGAGGCCAUGCUCAUCGCGCCCAACUACCCCGAGACUUGGCAGACAGUGGCCAACGUGCGCAUCUCACAGGAGAGAUUGGACGAGGCCCGUACAGCGCUGAAGCGAAGCCUGGAGCUCUGGCAGGACUUGCCCCCGGAGCACCCCUCGGUGCCAGAGUUCCCCACCAGAGUCAGCCUGGCGCGAUUGCUCAUGGAGACGGAGAUGGAGGAGCAGGCUCUCGGCGUGCUGGAGCGCCUGGUCACAGAUGACGAUUCCAGCGUCGAGGUCUGGUAUCUCGGAGGCUGGUGCCUGUAUGUUGCGGGCGAGAAGCUGCGCGAGGCGAAGCCCCAGCAGAACGGCACCGAGGGCGCCAGCGAGGAGUGGAAAGCGACGUGGGGGUACGCGAGGAAGUGGCUCAGCCAGUCUCUGAAGCUGUACGAGCUGCAGGAAUACGAGGACGACAGGUUGGGCGAGCACGCGGUGGAGCUUUUGCAGAGCAUCAACAAGGAGCUUGGCGAGCCUCCGGAGGGAGAAGACGAGGAGGAGUGGUCUGGCAUUAGCGAUGAUGAGGAUGAUGAUGAUGACGAGGAGAUGCAGGAUUAG